AUGUCAAGCUCAACACUAAAACGGAUCCUCCACCGGACCCUAAACACCAAACCCGACUCGACCCAUUUCUCUUCAAUCUCUCUCUUCACCACCGUUUCUUCUCCACCGUCCGAUCCCUCAAACCCUACUUCUCCACCAGAUCCACUCGUCACCGACGCCGUCUCAAUCCUCACUCACCACCGCUCCAAAUCCCGAUGGUCCACUCUCCGAUCACUCACCCCUUCCGGCUUCACUCCUUCUCAAUUCUCCGACAUCGCUCUCCGCCUCCGCAACAACGCGCACCUCUCUCUCCGCUUCUUCCUCUUCACCCGCCGCAACUCUCUCUGCUCCCACGACGUCGAUUCCUGCUCAACUCUAAUCCACAUCCUCUCCCGAUCUCGCCUCAAAAGCCACGCUCGCGACGUGCUCCGCCUCGCUCUCCGUAUCCCCUCCUCCGAAGAUCGCGUCCCGAGAGUGUUCCGCUCGUUGAUCAAGAGUUACAAUCGAUGUGGCUCUGCGCCGUUCGUCUUCGAUUUGCUGGUGAAAUCGUGUCUCGACUCGAAAGAGAUCGAUGGUGCUGUGAUGGUGAUGAGGAAGUUGAAGUCUAGAGGAAUCAAUUUACAGAUUAGUACUUGCAAUGCUUUGAUCUCAGAGGUCUCAAGGCGUAGAGAUGCUUCCACUGGAUAUAAGCUAUACAGAGAAGUGUUUGGAUUAGAUGAAGCUAAGAAGGUUAAGCCAAAUGUUAACACUUUUAACUUGAUGAUGGUGAGUUUCUACAGAGAAGGUGAAACAGAGAUGGUGGAGAGGAUUUGGGGAGAAAUGGAGGAAGUGGUUGGAUGCUUUCCUAAUGUUUAUAGCUUUAGUGUUUUGAUGGAGAACUAUUGUUUUCGAGGUAUGAUGGUUGAAGCAGAGAGGGUGUGGGAAGAGAUGAGGUUAAAAGGAGUGGUUCAUGAUGUUGUGGCUUACAACACUAUGAUUGGUGGCCUUUGUAGUAACUUAGAGGUUACUAAAGCCAAGAAGCUUUUUGAGGAGAUGGGGUCGAAGGGACUAGAGUGUACUUCUUUAACUUAUGAUCAUCUCGUUAGAGGGUAUUGUAAAGUGAAGGAUGUUGAUUCGGCUAUGGUUGUUUAUAGGGAGAUGGAAAGUAAGAGUUUUGUAGCAGAGGGUUUAACCAUUGAAGGGUUAGUGGAAGGAUUGUGUGAUGGUAACAAAGAAAGAGUUGUUGAAGCCGCGGAGAUCGUGAAGGAAGCGGUGAGGGAAUCAGAGUUUUGUCCUAGUCGGAAAUGUUAUGAGUUGCUGAUAAAGAGGUUGUGUGAAGAAGGGAAGAUGGAUAGAUCGUUGAGCAUUCAGGCUGAGAUGGUUGGAAGAGGACUUAAACCUAGCCAAGAGACGUAUAAAGCUUUUAUUGACGGGUAUGGAAGAGCAGGUGAUGAAGAAACAUCUUCAUUGUUGGCUAUAGAAAUGGCUGAAUCACUCAAGCUAAGAGAUGAGGAAGAAGAAAGCUAGAAUUUUGAGCUUUCUAUGUAUGUUGCAAAUGACAAAUCUCAACUCAAUUCAUAUUGAACAAACACAUCAUUGACCAUUCUUAUUUCUGAAAGUCUCGACUUGUGAAUAGGUCAAGAGGGUAAAACUAAAACAAGAUUGGUUGACAAGUUAUGAGGAGACAGUAAUCAUAAAAAUCACUCUUGCAUAAACACAAAUGGGGAAAAGAAACAGAGAAGUUGUGAAAUGAUGUUUGCUUAAAAGAUGAUAGCCCAAACGGGGAAGACGA